ACGUCAACAUCAGCGAAAGUCACAAAAUUCGCGUCAGCCCACGGCGCCAUGGGUCUUCGUUCGUGUUAAUUUCGCGAGUGAUCUGUGUUUUUUCCGUGCCAACGCAAUCAUUUUACCGUUGUUGAACUCCAGUUCAAAACUUACAGGAAUUUGUUUUCGUUUAAUUGCGGCUAGUACGCUUUCAUUGCGGUGUGUGAUGGUACGCGAUUUGUUUAUUGUCGCCGUCUCGCUUCGUUUACCUUCGUGUUGUGUGUGUGGUUCAGUAUGUGGAUCAAUUUUCACCCUAUAACGGAGGAUUACCUUUUUUUGAUGAUGCCGAUAUCGAGCCUUUCAACAAAAAAGUGAAGAGGUGUUUGUCAACGGAGAGUGAAACCGGGAGGCUAACAGGAUGCCGUCUCUACAGAACGAGGACGUUCGACUCCCGUUGACUAUGACAUCCACCCUCGCCCUCUCCGAUCUCACCAAGGGGGAGCUAAUAUGGUUCGACCCCGGAGUCGGGCACGUGUUGCCCGGAGAGGUCCUCGAGUACCACAGACCGGCCCAGGUUCUCACCGUCCAGGCCGUCAUCGCCGGAAAACCGCAAAUUUUCUCUCUGACGAGUUCAAACGGUGUUCAAAGGAGAGAAGACCUAGGCCAAAAUGGAAUUGAGGAUAUGAUCCAACUCUCAGAUCUGAACGAAGCAUCACUUUUAUGGAAUCUCAAAAUUCGUUACGAUAAAGAACUGAUUUAUACAUAUGUUGGUAGCAUUUUAGUAGCCGUCAAUCCGUAUAGAAUGUAUGAUAUGUACGGGCUGGAUAUGGUGAAAAAGUAUGAAAGCCAAAUUUUGGGAACAUUACCUCCGCACUUAUUUGCAAUAGGCUGUGCUGCCUACAACUCAUUACCCCGUAGCAACCAAGUGGUAGUAAUCUCGGGUGAAUCUGGUAGUGGUAAGACUGAGUCAACAAAAUUAGUAAUGCAAUAUCUAGCAGCUGUCAACAAAGCCCCAUCAAAUCUCAUCACGGAACAAAUUUUAGAAGCUUCUCCACUCUUGGAAAGUUUUGGUAACGCCAAAACUGUACGGAAUGACAAUUCCUCCCGUUUUGGAAAAUUCUUAGAAGUCCACUUCAAAGAAGGUGUAAUUUUAGGUGCUAAAGUAACAGAAUAUUUAUUAGAGAAAUCACGGAUUGUCACGCAAGCACCAGAUGAGCGUAACUACCAUGUCUUCUAUGAACUCUUAGCAGGAUUAUCCGAUGAAAAUAAACUCAAGUAUGGUUUACUGUCAGCGGAUAAAUAUUUUUAUCUAAAUCAGGGUGGAAAUUGUGAAAUUGAUGGCAAAUAUGACGGUGAAGAUUUUCAGUCACUGAUGUCUGCCAUGCAGGUUUUAGGAUUCACUUCAGAUGAGCAAGACACUAUUUUUAGAAUUUUAGCCUCAGUUCUGCAUUUGGGAAACAUCUAUUUUCACCGAAAACAAUUAAAAUAUGGGCAAGAAGGUGUGGAAAUUGGUUCAGAUGCAGAAAUUCGCUGGGCAGGUCAUCUGCUGAAAUUGGACGUAGAUGGGAUCAAACAGGCUCUAACAACUAAAACAACGGAAGCAAGAAAUGAACGCCUUUUUACAGCGCUCACGAUAGACCAAGCACUUGAUGCCCGGGAUGCCUUUGCCAAAGCACUGUAUAGUUCACUCUUUACAUGGCUUGUCGCCCGCAUCAACCACAUUGUAUACAAAGGAACUAAGCGCACUUCAGCUAUUUCGAUUCUUGACAUUUUUGGGUUCGAGGACUUCAAAGAAAAUAGUUUUGAACAGCUGUGUAUCAAUUAUGCAAAUGAGCAUCUUCAGUCGUAUUUCAACAAGCAUAUAUUUAAGUUGGAACAGCAAGAAUAUGCUAAGGAGAAAAUUCAAUGGCAGAACAUAACCUACGCUGACAAUCAGCCUGUCAUACAUCUCCUCUCCAAGAAACCUGUUGGAAUCCUACACUUAUUGGAUGAUGAAUCAAACUUCCCCAAAGCCACAGAUCUUUCAUUUUUAGAAAAAUGCCACUACAAUCAUGCCUUGAAUGAGUUGUAUUCUCGGCCGCGGUUAAAUGGUCCAGAAUUUGGAGUACGACAUUUCGCAGGCCCUGUGUGGUACAAUGUUGAAGGCUUCCUGGACAAAAACAGAGACACUCUUAGGCCGGACGUUGUUGAUCUACUUAUCUCUAGUUCUUUACCGAUGCUGAGUAAAAUGUUUAUUGCAAUGCGCAACACUCAUGAAGCCUCUAAAACGUUGAACAAAGCAAAUGGACGCUUUGUCACUAUGAAACCUCGGACACCAACCGUUGCAGCUAGAUUUCAUGACUCUUUACAGCAUCUUCUUGAUUCCAUGUCUAAGUGCCAUCCAUGGUUUGUCAGAUGCCUGAAACCAAACAACGACAAAUCUGCCAUGAAAUUUGAUAUGCCCAUCGUCUUAGAACAACUCCGUUAUUCAGGAAUGUUGGAAACAAUCCGUAUUCGUAAACUCGGAUAUCCAAUCCGUCUCAAGUUUGCUGAAUUCGUAGAACGUUACAGUUACUUGCUUCCCAUGCAAACUGUUGUACCUCGAGGUAUGCCCUCUCGCGAAAUUUGCAACAUCAUUCUCCAGAAACAUUCUGGACAGUACCAGCUGGGCAUAACUCGUGUUUUCUUACGAGAAAAUCUUGAAAGAACCCUGGAGAGGGAGCGAGCUUCAAUUUUACAAUCAGCUGCUACAACAAUACAAAAGAAUGUCCGUGGGUUCCUGGCCCGAAAGAAAUUUGUAACAACUAAAAAAAGUGCAGUCAGGAUUCAAGCUGCUGUGCGAGGAUGGAAAGAAAGGAAAAAGUAUGUUGUUCUCCGCAAAGGAGUUGUAAAAGCUCAAGCGCAGUUCAGGGGUAAACGCCAACGUAAGAAGUAUGCAGAGUUGAAAGAGGAGUUAAAACGUAGAGCAGAAUUAGCUCGAGAACGACAAAAGAUGAGAGCUCACAAAGAAGAACAAGAUCGCACAUCUAGGGCAGUUGCAGGUGUAAAUCACUUAGAUAUUCCUGCAGAAUUAGCAUUUAUUUUCAAUAAAAUUGAAGACUGGCAACCGACUCAUGUUGAGCAGAAUUUAGUCAAAGUUGUAGGACCAAUUUUAGAGAGCUCAAAUAAGUGCUCACUUCCUUCAGAUAUUGAUCAAUAUGUAUUCUCUAAAUUUUCAAAUAUAUAUUUCAAAUCGCAUGUUUGGGGAAUGAAGCGUGAACCAAUCAAAACGCCAUUCCUGAAUAAGUCCAAAGAUGCGGAUUACUCAGACUCUCUCGCUCUUUUCAAACUUAUCUUACGUUUUAUGAAUGAUGAGACUCUCUCGGGAAAGAAAGAGCAAGUUUUAGGCGACUACAUUGCAUACAAAGGUAUCUCUAAUGAGAAGCUGCGCGAUGAAAUUUUGUGUCAAUUAGUAAAUCAGACAUGGUGCAAUGAUGUUCCCGCCAACAAUGAGAGGGGAUGGCUGCUUAUGGCCAACUGUCUGUCUGUUUUUCCUCCAUCUCAUGCACUCUACAAGUUUUUACUGAAAUAUGUCUCGGACAAUGGUUUUAAUGAAUAUAAAGCAAUUUGUCAAAACAAGCUUCUAAUGUCACACAAUCAGUGGGCACGAACAUACCCACCCUGCUUGCUUGAAUGGCGUGCCAAUCGCAAGAAAACCAAUAUGGCCGUGCAGGUUCACUUGGCAAACGGAGAAGCUGUUACCGCCGCUGUGGAUUCUUGGACUAGAUGUGAGACUAUAUGUGAAAACAUACUGAUGGAAAAGGGUGCAGCUGAAUGCCAUGGUUGGACACUCAUGCUGGAUAAUGAUGAAGAUGAGAAAAAUGGCUUGGACUAUGUUUUGGAUGUCAUUUCUGAACUGGAACUGCCGCCUGCAUUCCCAAUUCAGAAACAACAGACUUUGAUCAACCCUAAAAAUGAGCCAAUGGCACGGCGCCCUACUGUUCCGCCCCCACAGCCUCCAACCGGCCCAAUCCAUUCGAAAGUCCGUUCAAUUUCAAGAGAUCACUCAGUGGAGAUGGGGUUGUCUCGGCAGUCCGCCCUCAAUGACCGAUACUUUGACAAACCAGGCCGAUCAAGAAGUCUUGACAAUUUAUUAUCACCAAUUACUUUAACCAAUGGACCAUCCAAACUAGAGACCCUCGGACUGUCAAACAGUCGCCUCAAUGAACGCUACCACUCAAUGGAACGGAUUCAAGAAACAGUUGCCGAUGUUGAACUUUCCAAAACAGACGAUGAAAAUAUUGAAAAUAUGGAGUCUGUAAGUCAGCGUGGAGAGAACAGAAAAUAUUCCCUAACGGGAGCGUCUUCUGAUGUCGGACAGUCUAAUAAUUUAGAUUUUGACUUCCCAGAUAUGAGCGCACGAAGUGAAGAUGAUAAAGGUAGUGAUUUGCGUGGCCAUCCACGUUUCAUCAAGUCGCAGUAUGCUGGGAAAAGAGCCAUGCCGGGAAGUCACUCCUCACGGGCGCAAAUUGAAACACGGCUCUCUGAUAAAGAUGGUGGAGUGAAAAGUUCGGCCAUGUCAGAUACAUCAGAAGCUCCAUCGCUAGCAUCGCAUGUUCGUCGAGUCCGAGUGCCAUCACAAGCAUCUGAUGUCGAUCAAUUUCUGGAUGAUCUGUUCAGUCCUGUUUUGGAUCAGUUGUCCGAUGCUCGCUCACUGGCUGCGUCAAUCAAAGGUGGUCAGUCGGAUGUACUGGAGCACAUAUUUGAUCCUCUGUUUCCAAAUAUAGACUUCAAGCCUGGUGAAUUGUCUGCUUCAAUUAAAGGUGGUGGUCGCACUGUGGGAGGGGUGCAACAAUCGCAAAACCAAUCGGGGGCAUUCAAUUUUUCACCAAUUGGUAGCCCACCUAUGUCUGGUCUCAUCUCCCCUCCUCCAUUACUCGUACCAACCAUGCCAAUGUACAACCAAAACAGUGGAAACACAAGUCUAGGGUACCAGAUGGAUGGUUCUCAGACAUCUGGCUUUGUGCCUGUACCUAUUUAUAAUAUGCAAGGAAUGUCAUUACCAAGUCAGAACGGGGGAGGAAGUGUUGAGCAGAAUGUAAUAGCGUAUCAGGCAUCAGUGCAACAGGCAUUCUUGCAAUCAGCCAUGGCACAGAACAUUCAAAUUCAGCAGCAACUUCUCGCCCAGAAUCAGGCGCUCCAACAGUUACUGCAGCAAAGAGUUUCUACAACCGAGCCACCGCAGUGGGGCAACUCCCCGCCCAAGGCCCGCUCCACCUCUACCCCUACCAGAGCACAGCCUCAUCAAAAUGGAACCCCUCAGUCUGCUUUCACCAGUGUCUUGAGUGAACUCAAAAGCCGAAAAUCAUCCACAGACUCAACUGCCAAGAGUGUCGUCCCACCACCUCCUCCCAUGCCGCCGCCACCAGAAUUAGGUGACCCGAGUGAAACAAGACCGUUCAUGGAUCCCUAUGGUCGUGCAAAAACAGUUAGGAUUGGAAAGUGGAGGUGGCCUCCUCCAAAAGAUGAUAAUUCUGAUACGUCUUUCUUACAGUUCAAAAUGAAGCAGCGUAGAAAACAUUCACAGGAGCACAGUAGUGAUUUACAAGAUGGAAUAGAAUGGGAAGAGUUUGACCUGGCUUCAGAACAAAGUUCCAUCCCAGCUGUUCCACCAAAGUCGCCCGAAAAUCAACAAAUACAAUACAAAUCGCUCGACACAACUCUGACAAAACCAAGUGCUGCAGGCAGUAUUGGCAAGCUUCGUAUUAGCAAUGAAAUGAAGCAUAAGUUGGAGUUAGUGACGGCUAAUCAUAGCUUGCGCUCAACAAACAAAACUACCAGCCGACCGUCAGCAAAUAAACUGGACUCUGAUCGCCGGCUUCUACUUCAGCAACAAUUAGCUGGCCGAUGGGGCAGUGUAGAUAGCGUGGAUGCUCGAAAUGGAGUCAAAGAAGAGCAUCCAAGUAUCGUAAGGAGUCAAGUGGAGAAGAUGGAGAAAACGAGUCCAGGCCAAGGCUGGCAAAAACCACCUCCACCUGUCAUCCCACAAAACCAACAAAUGCACUCACCUCAUACUCAUGCACCAUCUCGUUCAAGUAGUUUUUACUCACACAAUAACCCUGUGCCACCGACUCCAAUCCAGCCAGUCACUCGAGACUACACAGACCAAAAUAUGUUCAGUCCGGUUCCCUCAACACACCAUUCUGACCAUGUCGAAAUGGAGGAAUUCUCAGAGUUCCCAGGCGCUGUAGAUCCCUUACCUUCGUUUCACCAUUUACCAGAAGCUCAAGUUUCCACCAAACAUCAUCAACUCUCCACCAAUACACAUUUGACGUACAACCGCGUUGCUUGGAAAUUGAAUAUUCGUAAAGAGGUAUUCUCACCAAAGGAAUCAGUUUCAAGUCCUCUUGUGCUCCACCUCAUCUUUUGUCAGAUUGUCCAAGAUGUAUUAGUGCGACCCAUAGCCCGAAUUAGUUCUGAAGAACGUAUGGACAUGGUUCAAUUGCUGGAUCAAUAUGGCGUGACACCUUCUAAUAUGUAUUCCAACCAACAUAAAGCCAAUACAAAACGAGCUGUCCUUGACUUGGCGAGACAUUGGGCUACAUAUUUCGCCCGAAUAUUUUACAUUUCUGGAGGCUAUCAACUACCUGAGGUUUCACUCUUGGCAAUUGCGCACUCUGGCAUUCGGUUAGGUCGACAGACCAAUAACCAAAUCCAAGUGGUUCAUUCAAUUGCACUUGAUGAAAUAACUGAAAUCAAUGUUGGGAAAGGUGGUAGCUCCAUUAUUCUUGGUCUACAAUCAGGUGAGAAGUAUCCCAUUUACUCCAACCGCUCACGGCAGAUCUUAGCCAUGGUGAAUGCUUUCCUGAGAGAGGCCAUGCCUCAGAACCGUGUUCGAGAAGAGCGCCUACGCUCCGUUGAGAAGAAAGGAUGGCUUGCAGAUGCUAGGCUUACAACACCCUCUCCCAACACCCAGCAACAGGCGGUCCAAGAUGAUGGAAAGCACUCUCUACUUCAGUUCGCUAUCCUGCACUUCCGACAGAGUCCUGAAAAGUUUGAAAUGCUGAAGACACCUAACGGGGAAAUUGAUGGGUCACUGAAGUUGGUCAACCACAAAAAGGGGUCUGACUGGACCUGGAAGGAACAGGUUGACCUUGUCAAAUACUCACCAACACCCAUCCAGGAAUCAUUGCUCAAGUUGGAUCCGGAACUUAAUCAACUUGCGGUGGAGUGCUUUGAAUGUUCCAUGAGAUACAUGGGUGAUCUCCCUACAACACCAGAAAUGACAGAAGUUAAGUGUGUGUAUACGAUUUUAAUGCAUUGCCACAAAUAUGAUGCACUGCGUGAUGAAGUCUAUUGUCAGCUGAUGAAACAGACAACAAAUAACAAAAGCGACAGUUGCCAGCGUGGAUGGCGGCUCUUAAGUAUUAUUGCAGCCUACUUUACCUGUUCUGAGACUCUACGACCAUUCCUACUGAAGUACCUUGAGUCAGCUGCCUACGAUAAACGUCGGGCUUUCCACGGUACAGCGAACGUAUGCCUACAGAACCUGCGGAAAACGCUGCGGUAUGGUGGACGUAAGAAUGUACCAAGCGUGGAAGAAGUGACUGCAGUGAGUGCUGGACGAAACUCAAAACGGCAGUUGUAUCGGCUGCCUGGUGGGAGUGAAACAGUUGUGAACACCAAAUCGACAACAGUUGUUGAGGAUGUCAUCAUCGAGAUGUGCGCUUUAAUCAAUGUUACUAAUCCUCUUGAGAUGGAAGAGUUCUCUCUUUACUGCAUUGUGGAAGGGGAUGCGUUUACCAUGCCCCUGGCACGGGAAGAGUACAUUCUUGAUGUCACAACGGAGUUGCACAAAAACCAGCAGGUGUUUUACCUGAUCUUCUGCCGCUCCGUAUGGCAUUUUCCACUGAGACUCGAUUGUCAACUGUACGUUCAAGUCCUUUUUAACCAAAUCGCUCCUGAUUAUCUGGAAGGUCUUUUGCUUGUCCUCCCCAAUGAGCAGUUACCACAAGAUAUCAUUUACGAUGUUGCAAAGUUGGCAGCAUUACUUCAUCGAGCAGCUGACAUGAGCCACCCUCCAACAAUGAAAGAGACAAAAUUUUUGUUACCAAAACCAGCCUUAACCCAACGAGACAUCAAGCCUGCGCAAUGGGUUCAGAUGGUCCAAGCUAAUUGGAGCCAGAUACAGUCAUUGCUCAGCAUCCAAGCCAAAGCCCAACUUUUAGAACUACUGAGCAAGUGGCCUCUUUUUGGAUCCAGUUUCUUUGCAAUUAAACGCGGUGGUGACCAGCAGAUUCUUGCUUUGAAUCGGAAUGGAGUCCAUUUCCUGCAUCUUAUCACUCAUGAAACUUUGUCUAAUGUGCCGUAUAAUGAGGUCAUUUCAACACGAAAAGUACGAGCCGAGUCAGGGACGCUUUAUCUGGAGCUGAAGUGCGGAAACUUAUUCCAGCAACGAGUUGCCCGUCUCCAGACAGAUCAAGCACAUGAGAUUGCUCGGCUCAUACGACAGUACAUGAGUCUCUACCGACAAAAAGUCGGCAUGGUCAACAAAUAGUUCUCCAAAAGAAGGACCCAGUUUUUAUAAACAGUAUUAGCUUCUUUAUACUCAAGUGUGCCCAAAUCUUCAAAUGAUUCCGUCCACCUCCACAUUCGCAAGUGGGAUCAACAUUCCUAAAUUAUUAAUUACCAUUUAGACUGAAUUUAACAGAAAAGCAUCAAGCCGCAUCAAGUUUAAAUGGAGGGAGAGAGGUUUAAAGUUCUAUUCUUCCAUAAAAUGCAAUGUUCAUAACAAAACUUAGUGGCCAUUUUUACCCUCAAAAUAUUUUUUCUUGGCUUUUAAUUUUUGACAGAAGAAAUUUACAACUGGUUAAAUUUACAUCGUUUUUCACUCAUUUUAUCCGAAAUGCGUCUCAGUGUGUUUCUGUUAAAAGCAGUCCAUUUGAACCCAUGUACCAUGAUAACUUUUCCCUCUAAAAAUUUAAGUAUUAAUGAGGGAUAUCUUCUUUAGUGCCUUCAUAAACAACUGAAUUGUGUGGAAAUCAUGUGACACGCUUUGAUAUUCCAUUACUAUUGUUUUUUUUUUUUAAAAAAAACAUGUGUUACUGAUUUUCAACCCUCAUUUUUCCCCCGACGAAUCCUUUUUUCGGCAUUGUAUUGCCAAUUAUACAGGGGGCUCAUGGUAUGUGGGUAGAUACGGUUCACCCUUCUCUUAAUAUGCAUGCUUUCGUAUCUAUUUUUACAUUUUUUGUGAUCUGAGUCUAUCAGUAUUUUUCCCCAAAGCAGUAUUAUUUAUCAUACUUUGUUCGCCCAAAUCAAAUGCCAUUCAUGAAUAAUUAUAUUCCUUAUUUACAAGAGAAAUUAAAAUGUCCCUUUUAGGUACGCCUGCAAUUUUACUCUCAUGAUGAUGUAUUUUUAUCAUUUUUGAUGGUAUGAACCAGUCAGCAAUGUCUUAAGAUUGAAAGUGUGUAAUCAUUAUUAGGUGCUCUUUUAUGUAAAUUUAUUCAGAUCAAUAUGUUGCAAAUCGAUGUCUUCCUGUUUUUUUUUUUAAACAAACUCUAAUAGUUCAUAAUUGGAGAGCAGCAAAAUGUCUUUUUAAUCCUAAACGUUCUUCUCUUUCUCAUCGUGGGUCAAUUCAAUAUCUCUUGAUCUCGAAAAGAGAAAAUUUUUAAAUUAAAUUUGGAAUUUUUACAUAUUUUUUGAAUUCAGUCUCGAAUGUUAAACAACACAUCACAUUUAUUAUAAACCCAAGCUCACGUGUUCUGUGAUUUGAAAUUAUUCUUUAAGAUGAGCCUUAAUGAGAAAGAUCCAAUCAACGGUGACAAGGAAAUCUUGACAUUUUGUUUUCCGUUAUUCUGUAUUAGUUAGUAUGAAUAUGUGCAGCUUUAUGAGGUAAACUCACGUACAGAACCAUGCCUUAACUUCAUUGUGAGUAAAUCUCUUUGAUAAUGUAUCCCAGGGUCUUCCAUUAAUACGUACUCGUCUAAUUUUUUAGCCCUAGCAAUUAAGUCGUGCUUUGAUUUUUGAUUAAUUUUCCCCUCUGUUGUGAAAUUUCAAGCAAACAUUCUAAUGAGAAAAGUAAAAUGUACCUGUAAAUAGUCGUUAAUCUUUCAUCAAAAUUGAAGUUUAUGUUUAUCAUCCUGUGCAUUGAGAUUUCAUGUGGCUGAUUAAUUUGUGGUCCAAAAUCCUCUUUCAAGGAUUAAUUUAUAACCUCUAAGUUAAAAGUAAGGAAACAUCAGAAUUUCUUAAAAGGUCAUAGAUUCUCUUGUGGGAUUAGUCCCAAAUCAAGAUUUUGCUAGUAUACGGUAGAGAAAAAUAAAAAUGAAAAAGUUGAAUUCAUCAGGGUCUUUCAUAGUGAAAUAUUUCCGUCCAUUCAUGGCAUCCAGGUCAUCCUUACUUAUUUAGCUGUCUACUUUUUCCUAGCCUUGAGUUUUGCAUAAUUCAUACAUCAUCAAUAUUUUAAAGCUGCCUUUUUUUUUUUUUUUUGUGCGUUUUUGUAUGUGUGUGUGCCAAAUAUUUGUAUGCCAUCAGUGCACCCCUCAUAAAUUGGUCUUAAUGCAAUACGGUUUACAUUUUGCCUCAAAAAACAUCACGACUAUCUGGGAAGAAAAUUCCCCUCAUAGGUAGUCCAGUGAAUUUGACUUUUUCAGGGAACCUGAAAGCCGUUAUUAGGUAGUUUGCUUGAGUGGAAAGUGAGGGUUUGAUUCAAAACAAAUAUUAUUUUUUUAUUUACUGGUUGAAAAAGAAAAAAAAAAAGAGGUAAACUUACUCAUUAAAGGACCUUUGUAUUUCUAGGUUCUGAAUAGUACAAAAAAGCAUUCAGGCAAGCUUUGUAAGAGAAGAAAAAAAAUAUCCACUCGAUCACUGGUUGUUUUGUUGAUAUAUUUGUAGUUAUUUAUUCAUGCAUUUUUUAUUAACAUAAUUCUACAUAAUUGUCAAUUUUUUAUUUUUAUUCAGUAGAUACAGAUUGCAUAAAUAUUUUAUCAAGAGUUGUGAUUACCAGUUUUAAUCUAAUUUGCAAUCCGUUCUAUCGUGUCGCUAUUAGUAGUAACUCUGUUAUUUUUUUGUAUUUUGUGAAAAAUUAAAGAUAUUUUAACGAA